CACAUGCGUUCGAAUCGGGUCACCUUACCAACCAAUAAGGUUGCUGUGAAUUGAUAACCUUCAAAACCCAAAUGUAUUUUAGGUUAGACUUCCUUAAUUUCUAUUUAAGAAAAUGAUAAAUCCUAAUAUAACUUAAGGAAAUAUAUUAAAUAGAGGAUGAAAAUGCAUUCGUUAAGACUAAUGAAUCCUUUGGGAAUGCAAAUCCCAAAAAUGAUGUCAACUUGUUAUAUUCCCAGGUUUGUCCAACCUCUUCGACACCUUCACAGAAGAAACAUCUACAAGACAGAAGAGGCAAAGAGAAUAAAAUUUUUUGUUGUAAACAAAUACAUAGAGUACCUAAAGAAUUAUGAUAAGUAUAUGGCUAAGAGUAUUCCUGUCAGAAUAUACAGGGUUUUUGCUGAUGGACUAAAACUGUUUAUUAAUGAUUUGAGGGAUUACUUUAGAAUAAUGCAACUAAUACAUACCCAAGGACAUACCCUUAACAAAUUUAAUCGCAAAGAUCUAGAGCUGUACCACCAAAUGCCAAAGGAUAUGAGAAAGGUAGCACCUGUUUUGGUAAUUGCUGCAUUACCAGUUGUGCCAUAUAUAUUCUUUCCACUAGCAUAUAUGUUCCCCAAAAUAUGUUUAACUUCACAUUUUUGGAGUGCAGAACAAAAGUCACAAUACACCCAAGAUUUAUUAAGGAAACGCCUUUUACAUAAUAAACCAAUAUUUAGGCAUCUACAGUCACAAGUUAAUUUUCUUAAAAUAAAUAGUCACCCCUUAUUUAUGCCUUGGGCUCAAGUUUUAGGCAAAUUAGGUAGUGGAGUACAUCCUACUCCAGAUCAAAUUUUAGAGUGCAAGGAACUAUUCUGUGAUGAGCCAUACCACUUAUUUUACCUAAGUAGAAAUCAUAUAAAGCAUCUCAUUAAAAUACAUGACCUACAUUCUGGAUGGUUUAAAAGAACUAGGUUAUCAGAUAGAGCAAAAAUUUUAAUAGAAAUGGACCAAGCCAUAAUGAGAGAAGGUGGUGUUCACAAUUUGCCACUAAAUGCUUUACAAAACGCCUGUCUUUUAAGAGGUCUAAACCCAAAAAACAUGAAAACUGAGGAUAUGGUGAAGUGGUUGAAUGACUGGAUCAAAAUUUCUAGACAAAUUGACAAAGAAUCUACUUCUUUACUUCUACAUGUACCUAUACUAUUGGCUUACAAUGAACCUUCAAAUUGGGCAUUGAUUUAUCCAAAGAAAUAAAUAAAUUUUGUGAUACAUUUGUUGAUGUUUUAAAUAUUUUAUGGAAAAUAAAAAACAGUUUUAUAAAAAUA